UUUUAAAGAUUAAAAAAAAAGAUGAGUUACCUACCUUUAAAAACAAUGGCGACAGCCAUAUCAUUUCUGUUAGGAAGACAACUUUCUAAUUUUGGUUUAAAACGACUUUCUGCCAGAUCUGGAUCUACUUAUGCUCAGGUUGCCUUUGCUGGUCUUCCAAGUUUUGUCAAAGUUGUAGAAGUAGGGCCAAGGGAUGGACUUCAAAAUGAGCAGAAAAUAGUUCCGACAGAAGUCAAGGUAGAAUUCAUCAACAAGUUGGCUGAUGCUGGGCUCAAGACUAUCGAGGCCACUAGCUUUGUAUCACCCAAAUGGGUUCCACAGAUGGCUGACCAUAAUGAAGUCAUGAGAAAAAUAACCCGUAAGCCUGGAAUUGUGUUUUCUGCACUGACUCCAAACUUGAGAGGCUUUCAAUCUGCAUUGGCAGCUGGUGCUCAAGAAGUUGCCAUAUUUGGCGCUGCAUCUGAAACUUUUAGCAAAAAGAACAUCAAUUGUUCUAUUCAAGAAAGCGUAGAAAGAUUCCAAGAAGUUACUAAAGCCGCAAAAGAAGCAAAAAUUCCAGUUAGAGGGUAUGUGUCCUGUGUGUUGGGCUGUCCCUAUGAAGGAAAUGUCAAGCCUGAGAAAGUGGCUGAAGUGGCCAAGAUGUUACUGGAUAUAGGAUGCUAUGAGAUCUCAUUGGGCGACACAAUAGGCGUAGGGACACCAGGUGCUAUGAAAAAUUUGAUUGCAGUAGUGUCUAAAGUUGUACCGCUGGAUAAGAUAGCAGUUCACUGCCAUGACACUUAUGGUCAGGCGCUAUCCAAUAUUUUAGCAGCUCUUCAGAUGGGUGUACACAUUUUUGACAGCUCCUCUGCUGGGCUUGGGGGUUGUCCAUACGCUAAAGGUGCCAGUGGAAAUGUGUCUACUGAGGAUCUAGUUUACAUGAUGAAUGGUCUAGCAAUAAAGACUGGUGUUGAUAUACACAAGCUAAUUGAAGCAGGUCAUUACAUCUCCACACACCUAGGUAGGAAAUCUGGCUCAAAAGUGGCUCAGGCCACAAAGUCAUCACUGUAACAGACACAUUAUGCAAGAGCUCAUUUCUGAACAGGAAUGUUUUGCUUUUCAAGCUGUUUCAGAAUUAUAUUGAAAUCCAGAAUAUAUUCAAUGUACACAGAGUCCAUAGCCAAAAACUAAAGUAUUCACUUAAAUAUUAUUGUUACUCAACCGAUAGGCUCAUAUUAUUUUAUUUUUUUUAUUAGUUGGCAAGCAAGAUUGUUGCCAACUUUUUAUCUAGAAAAAAAAAAAGAAUUGAUUGUCUUAAGGCAAACAAAUUGAACCCAAGGAAUUAUUUUUUUUUGAAACAAUAAUUUGAAGUAAGUUUUGUCUGAACCAUAUAUGAUCCUGGAUUGUUUAUUGUAUUUAUUGGGCAACAUUGUCAUUAUGAACAUCACAAACUUUUUAACAAAUCUUGACAUGUUAACUCAAUUCUCAUCCUUUAUAUUUUGUUUGCUUGACUGUACUAAUUGUAGUAUUAUUGAUGAAAUGGAUGUACAUUUAAUAUUUACUGCCGAUCUCUUGAUUUGUUUGAGAUUUGAAUAUUUCUUAAUUUUAAUUUAUUGAUGUUAUUUACAUUUCUGAUGAUGGCUCAUGGAAUUAAAUUUGGCUAAAUAACAUAUUUUACGAGAGGCUUUUUAUAAGUAAAGCAUAGUGGUCAAGUGGUAAAUCACUUGGCAUCCUGUGUCCACCCAACUCCAAUGGAUAGCUGACCUUUGUUGGAGAAGUAAAGGCGGUAGAUUAUUGUGCCUCAUGACAGCCGUGUUAACCAUUGGUCAGAAACAAUGAGCUUUACGUUAUCCCUCAUGGAUCACAAGGUCUGAAUGGGAAGGGGUUACUUUUGUUUUUUCUAGGAAUGUCAAUAUAGUUUCUGAAGAUAUGAUUACUAAAAAUUCUCUUGCUAAGGAAUAAUUAAAGUUGCUUGAAGUUUAUUCCUAACAAACAUUGAAUUUUGAACUUUAAAUAGAUCUUAAGAGAGAAAUCAGUUUUUCCGACCUAAAUGUUAUUCCAUAGGCUUUCAUCCACUUUGUUGAGUUAGAGACUUUUACUGUGAUAAUAUCUGUUAUGUUGGAUGCUAGAAUUUUGGAACUCUUCAAGUUUGACUCAUUAGGGUGUCAAUUUAUACUAAUUCAUCCAUCAGGCUUUCAUUGUCUGUACAAGUAAAAUGUUAUUGGGCUCAAGAGAAAUGGUUAUAGUGUUUAAGGAACUGUAGAUUUAAAAAGAAGUAAACUUAGCUACAUUGAAUUGGACAGUCUUUUUUUUUCUUCGUCUAAGUGUUGCUUAUUGACUUGUUCAAAGUUUUGGUAGAUGUUAGAUAUAGAGCUCUUUAAUUGUUUUGCUAGAAAAUGAAUUACCGGGUAUGUGAUAUUAUUUUUAUGUACUGAUUGUUUGAUGUGUAAAUAUUUGUAUUUGACUUUAUUUUAAUACACCAUUUAGGGAUGAGAGUUUUGCCAAGUCACAUUAUUACAGACUACAAGGCUACUUAAUAACAUCUGCUUUUUUUUUUUUUAUUAUUAUUAUAGAAGCAAAAAUUAUUAUUCAUUUUUUGCAAGAGCAAUCAUCAAAAUAGUAUCUACUAAUGUUUAGAUGAAUCCAGAGUCAUGUAGAAGUCUAAAUGUGUGAUCAAAACUCCCUAUUUAAAAAUAAUUUUAUAAAGUGUUUUAAUUGUAUGAGUUAGGCUUAGUAAAGGCCGGUGAUGUUGCUAUGGUCAAAUGCAAUGACCAACAGCCUUUACUUUACAUAUGUCAGGUACUGUAAGAGUUGAUUCAUCUUAAGGGCAGCUGAAAAUUUAAUUUUCAAAAUUUAAUUAACGUCUUGGUCAUGAAACAAAAGCACUUUAUAACCUGGCUAAUACAAGCAACCUUAUAAUCCAAUAUAGUCUUGCGUUGGGUAACAUAGAAAGACUUCAAAAACAAAUUUCAUAUUCUUUUCAAUAUUUUAUUGUUCUGAGAUGAAUCUGAGAAGAUUGCAUUGGACAAAGAACUUGUGAUUUUUAAAACCUAUAACAAUGUCUCUGUAAAAACAAAA